AUGGCCAUAAGGUUCACACUCACCUCUUUUUCCUUAAAAAACAUCAUAGUACUUCACUUUUGUCUCUUAAGCAUCACCCUAAGGUGUGUAAAAACAAAAGAGAAUCAUGCUCCACCACUCACUUUCUUCAUGCAUGACAUUCUAGGUGGAUUAAACCCUUCAGAAAGAAUCAUGAAUGGCAUCAUUGUCAACACACAACCAACCACUAACCUUCCUUUCUCAAAACCAAAUAACAGAUUAUUCCCUACUAAAGGAAGCAUACCAAUUUUCGACACUAGCAUUAGUACAAAUGGUUUUCCCUCAAGCACACCAAUGAUAAAAAACAUUGACAAAAACAAAGUGAUUAUAGAUAGUACUGACUCUAACUCACUUCCUUACGUUACAAGGAAUCGAAUCCCGAUCGGAGCAACUCUAGAAAAGCUUUUAUUUGGAAGAAUAACUGUUAUUGAUGAUGAGAUUACAAAAGGGUAUGAGUUGAAUUCGGAGAUUAUUGGUAAAGCGCAAGGUUUUCAUUUGGUUAGUUCUUUGGAUGGAAGCAGUCAAACCAUGGCAUUUAUAGCUUUGUUUGGUGAUGAAGGUCAUGAAGAUGAUGAUGCUAUUAGUUUCUUUGGAGUUCAUAGAAUGGCUACACAUGAAUCCUAUAUUGCUGUUGUUGGAGGAAGUGGCAAAUAUGAAAAUGCAAGAGGGUAUGCGAAAAUUGAGACGUUACAUUUACAUUAUGAUCAACACAAAAGUACUAAUGGGAUGGAAACACUUUUUCAGAUUACUGUCUAUUUAUGA